ACAAAAUACCUUCCAGCCUUUUGUAUUUUUAUAAAAAAAAAGUAAAAACGAUAAACUAGUCUUCUCCUUCCAGUCAUUUCUUCGUCUCUUUUCUUCAUUUUUCUUCAUUUUGUAAUGGCCUAUUAACUUUUUAGCUUUUUUAUUUUUCCUUUUCACCUUCACUUUCAUUCUUCUUUUCUUCCCUUUUUUUGUUAAAUUGUUAUUCGUUUCAUUAGCCAAGGAGGGGGGAGUGAAUGAAAAAAACUGGCAAUUUUUUUUAUUUUUCAGAGAGAUAAUUAUUGUCUUAAUAUUUUUCUUCAGUAUCUUUUCAGCUCUUUUCUAAAUUUUAUGUUAAGGCUAAUUGCCUCCAUUUUGUCUCCAUUACCUUAUUUUCUUUUAAGUAACUCAUAGGUAAUUCAGGUUGCUUGUCUUCAUUAUUUAUUGUCUGCAUUAUGUCAAAUAUCCCGUCACUAUUGUUAAUUAUUAACAAACUGUUAUUCUUUUAAUAAUUUCCUUUCUGGAAAGUUUUAAAUAAAAUUCAGUUUCGUCAGAAUUCAGCUUGAAAUGAAAGAAAAUUUUUGAUCCUUAGGUUCAGUCUGCAAAAAUUUUGCGGACAUUUUUUCUGUCCGCGACUAAAAAAUUAUACCGACCUUUUCCUUUUUUUAUUUUUAAGGUCAAGAAUUAACUUUUCUUAAUUUUUUAACCUCUAAUUUAACCCUUGUUUAAAUAUUAAAAGAAAACCAUCAAAAGAAAAAAAAUAAACAAAAACCCACAUACUAAUCCAUUGUUUUUUCUGUCCUCUUUAAAUAAAGGGGGGGGGACGGCGCCUUUCCAUCAAAAAAUAAAAUUCGGCACAAUUCUUCUAAUGUUUCUUUGUUCUAUUUUCUUCAUUUUUCUGCCAUUCUUCUCCAUUAUAAAUUAUUUAGAGAGACAUUUUGUCCCUUUCAUAUUGACCUGUCGGAUCGGUCAAAAAAUUCCCCUUCCUUCAACCUUUUGUUAUAUCCCUCCCCCCUAUAUCCCCCCAUUUGACCGCUUGCCGUCUGUUAAGACGCGACCACUUUCUCCCUUAUUCAUUUACUUCCUCUCUCAAAAACUAUUCGUGCCGCUCCCCUUCCGUUGCUCUUGUAAUUUUACUUUUUUUUUUGGCAUUCAAAAAAUAGGCACGCCAAAGCUAAAUUUUUUGACCUUUUAG